GCCAUUUUCUGCUUUUUGUGUGGGGUGGAUAAGCGGAUAGAUACCGAACCCCGAGCAUCAGUUCUACUACACCGAGCGAACGUUAUUUCGCACAGUUUCUCUCCGCUUUGCAUUAACCGUCCGUUAUUUUAAGAGCGGACAUGCAAUUAGCAGAUUGGGCUGUUUUGUGAGUGAACCUGUGUCACCAUGACAACCCACGUUACCCUGGAGGAUGCGCUGUCCAAUGUGGACCUGCUGGAGGAGCUUCCCCUCCCAGACCAGCAGCCAUGCAUCGAACCCCCACCCUCCUCCAUCAUGUACCAGGCAAACUUUGACACCAACUUUGAGGACAGAAAUGCGUUUGUCACUGGUAUCGCCCGCUACAUUGAACAGGCCACUGUCCACUCCAGCAUGAAUGAAAUGCUGGAGGAGGGACAUGAGUAUGCUGUCAUGCUGUACACCUGGAGGAGCUGCUCCAGAGCCAUCCCCCAGGUGAAGUGCAAUGAGCAGCCAAAUCGAGUAGAGAUCUAUGAGAAGACUGUGGAGGUGCUGGAACCUGAGGUCACCAAGCUCAUGAAAUUCAUGUACUUCCAGCGUAAGGCCAUUGAGCGUUUCUGCAGUGAGGUGAAGCGACUGUGUCACGCUGAGCGCAGGAAGGACUUUGUGUCCGAGGCCUAUCUGCUCACUUUAGGAAAGUUCAUCAACAUGUUUGCUGUGCUGGACGAACUGAAGAACAUGAAGUGCAGUGUAAAGAAUGACCACUCUGCUUACAAGAGAGCUGCUCAGUUCCUGAGAAAGAUGGCUGACCCACAGUCCAUCCAGGAGUCCCAAAACCUCUCUAUGUUUUUAGCCAACCACAACAGAAUUACACAGUGUCUGCACCAGCAGCUAGAGGUGAUUCCAGGUUAUGAGGAGCUGCUGGCUGACAUUGUCAACAUCUGUGUGGAUUACUAUGAGAACAAGAUGUACCUGACCCCCAGCGAGAAACACAUGCUGCUAAAGGUCAUGGGUUUUGGCCUAUACUUGAUGGAUGGAAAUGUCAGUAACAUCUACAAGCUGGAUGCAAAGAAAAGGAUAAACCUCAGUAAAAUUGACAAAUUCUUCAAGCUCCAGGUCGUGCCUCUAUUUGGAGACAUGCAGAUCGAGCUGUCACGGUAUAUAGAAACAAGUGCCCACUAUGAAGAGAACAAGUCCAAGUGGACCUGCACUCAGAGCAGCAUCAGUCCACAGUAUAACUUGUGUGAGCAGAUGGUGCAAAUAAGAGAAGAUCACAUCCGCUUCAUCUCUGAGCUGGCACGCUACAGUAACAGUGAGGUGGUGACAGGCUCUGGGCUGGACAGUCAGAAGUCGGAUGAGGAGUACAAGGAGCUCUUUGACCUGGCACUCAGAGGACUGCAGCUGCUGUCCAAGUGGAGCACUCACGUCAUGGAAGUGUACUCUUGGAAACUAGUCCACCCGACAGAUAAGUUCUGUAAUAAGGACUGUCCGGGUACAGCUGAGGAAUAUGAACGUGCUACACGCUACAACUACACCAGCGAGGAGAAGUUUGCCUUGGUGGAGGUCAUCGCUAUGAUCAAGGGUCUUCAGGUUCUGAUGGGGCGGAUGGAAAGCGUUUUUAACCAGGCCAUCAGGCACACCAUCUACUCUGCCCUGCAAGACUUUGCACAAGUCACCCUAAGAGAGCCGCUGAGACAGGCUGUGCGCAAAAAGAAGAACGUUCUCAUUAGUGUUCUUCAGGCCAUUCGUAAAACCAUCUGUGAUUGGGAGGGGGAAAGAGAACCCCCUAAUGACCCUUGUCUGAGGGGAGAGAAGGACCCCAAAGGAGGCUUCGACAUCAAAGUGCCCCGUCGUGCUGUUGGCCCCUCAAGCACCCAGCUCUACAUGGUUCGUACCAUGCUGGAGUCUCUAAUCGCUGAUAAAAGUGGCUUUAAGAAGACUCUUCGCAGCAGUCUGGAUGGCCCCAUCGUUCAGGCCAUAGAGGACUUCCACAAGCAGUCUUUCUUCUUCACCCAUCUCCUGAACUUUAGUGAGGCUCUGCAGCAUUGCUGCGAUCUAUCCCAACUCUGGUUCCGAGAGUUCUUCCUAGAGCUCACCAUGGGCCGUCGCAUCCAGUUCCCCAUUGAGAUGUCCAUGCCAUGGAUCCUCACAGACCACAUUCUGGAGACCAAAGAACCCUCCAUGAUGGAAUAUGUGUUGUAUCCAUUGGACCUUUAUAAUGACAGUGGUUACUAUGCCCUCACCAAGUUCAAGAAGCAGUUCCUCUAUGAUGAGAUAGAGGCGGAGGUCAACCUGUGUUUUGAUCAGUUUGUUUACAAAUUAGCUGAUCAGAUAUUUGCCUACUACAAAGCAAUGGCUGGAAGUGUCCUUCUAGACAAACGCUUCCGUGCAGAGUGUAAGAACUAUGGUGUGAUCAUUCCAUACCCACCAUCGAACCGCUACGAGACGCUGCUCAAACAGAGACAUGUGCAGCUGCUAGGUCGCUCUAUUGACCUGAACAGACUGAUAACCCAGAGGAUCUCAGCAGCCAUGUACAAAUCUCUGGAUCAGGCCAUCAGCCGCUUUGAGAGCGAGGACCUCACCUCCAUAGUGGAGCUUGAAUGGCUGAUGGAGAUCAACAGGUUGACUCAUCGUCUGCUGUCUAAGCACAUGACACUGGACAGUUUUGAUGCCAUGUUCCGUGAGGCCAACCACAACGUGUCUGCUCCAUAUGGUCGCAUCACUCUGCACGUCUUCUGGGAACUGAACUUCGACUUCUUACCAAACUACUGUUACAAUGGCUCCACCAACAGGUUUGUGCGGACAGCCAUUCCCUUUACCCAGGAGCCUCAGAGGGACAAACCGGCUAAUGUCCAGCCUUACUACCUGUAUGGCUCAAAGCCUCUGAACAUCGCUUACUCCCACAUCUACAGUUCCUACCGGAACUUUGUGGGUCCCCCGCACUUCAAAACAAUCUGCCGCCUUCUUGGUUACCAGGGCAUCGCUGUGGUGAUGGAGGAACUGCUCAAGAUUGUCAAGAGCUUGUUGCAGGGCACCAUCCUGCAGUAUGUGAAGACCCUCAUAGAGGUGAUGCCCAAGAUCUGCCGUCUCCCUCGUCAUGAGUAUGGUUCACCAGGCAUCCUGGAGUUCUUUCACCAUCAGCUGAAGGACAUUAUCGAGUACGCUGAGCUCAAGACGGAUGUAUUUCAGAGUCUGAGGGAGGUGGGCAAUGCCAUCCUCUUCUGUCUGCUCAUCGAGCAAGCUCUGUCGCAGGAAGAAGUAUGUGACUUACUUCAUGCUGCACCAUUCCAAAACAUCCUCCCGAGAGUCUACAUCAAAGAGGGUGAACGACUGGAGGUGAGGAUGAAGAGGCUGGAGGCAAAAUAUGCUCCUCUUCACCUGGUGCCCCUCAUUGAGAGACUUGGGACCCCACAGCAAAUUGCAAUAGCACGGGAGGGAGACCUGCUGACGAAGGAGCGUCUUUGCUGCGGGCUGUCCAUGUUUGAGGUCAUCCUGACGCGCAUUCGCAGCUUCCUGCAGGACAACGUGUGGCGAGGCCCUCCCCCCACCAACGGCGUCAUGCAUGUGGACGAGUGCAUGGAGUUUCACCGUCUCUGGAGCGCCAUGCAGUUUGUGUACUGCAUCCCUGUGGGCACACACGAGUUCACUGCAGAGCAGUGCUUUGGUGAUGGCCUGAACUGGGCUGGCUGUGCCAUCAUUGUGCUGUUAGGACAGCAGCGUCGCUUUGACCUCUUUGAUUUCUGCUACCACUUGCUGAAGGUCCAGAGGCAGGACGGCAAGGAUGAGAUCAUUAAGAAUGUGCCCCUGAAGAAGAUGGCAGACCGCAUCAGAAAGUAUCAAAUACUCAACAAUGAGAUCUUUGCCAUCCUCAACAAGUACAUGAAGGCGGUGGAGACGGACAGUUCGACUGUGGAGCAUGUUCGCUGUUUCCAGCCUCCUAUUCAUCAGUCUCUGGCAACCACAUGUUAAAUGAACUUUCUUUGACCCCCAACUGUCCUAUCCUUCCUCUGGUGUGACACUGAUCUCAAAUGUAGUUUGCAGAGCCUUUGGGCUUUCAGGAUUGCAUUGGCUUCAUUUAAACAGGAAACAAACCUCCAGUCUUGUCCCAUGGUUAAAAACAGUAGAUUUCAGACUGUCCCAAAUGCUAUUCAGACCUUUUUGAAUUUCAACACUCAACAUCCCUUUAAGGUUUGGAAGAGAUUUGAAGUGAAAUGGGUUUGGAGAUUUAGGACUGUCACCAGAGGACAUUUUAACAAAUGUUGUUUAAGUUCUGUUAUAAAAGAAAUAUAAAAUACUUUUUGAAUUAUGAAUAACUAUUAAGAGAAAACAUGAUUGAUGUCAUUUUAAGAUUUUUUUUCUUUACUUCAUGCCCAUACAGAUAUAAUUUCAUUUGUAAUAGCAUUUGCAUGUUCCUCACAAACCCCAACUAUUCUAAUUCUUUAAUAUUGUUUGUAAUACACAGUCCAAGAAUUAGAAGCAAGAAUACACUGAGUUAUUGACGUUUAUUUAAUUAUUUCUCCCCUUUCAAACUUUUUUUAGACACAGAAUUGUUUACAACAUUCUGUUCUGUUUACUGUGUUACAGCACUGGUUUACAGAUCGUUGAAUUUGUAAAGUACUUUUUCCAUUGUAAAUGUUGCAGUUUGAUGCUGUCGAGAAGUGCACGUAGUACUUGUUCUAAUUUUAUUGGUACUUAACUGGUAUCAGUAUUUGCCUCAACUACUGAAAAGUAACCUCACAUAUAUUGUCUGUCAGUUUAAUAUCAGUCUUUGAACUGUUAAUUUGGGCUAUUUUAUACACAGUGAAAAUGAAGCAGUUCACCAAAUCACUUGAAUUGUGCUGUGAUGACAUUUAAGUACCUUUUAGCUGUUAAAACUGCAGUAAGGACACUGCAUUAUCUUGACAAAUAAGGGACAAAAAGGGAAAUGUCAGAUAUCCACUGUUUCAACAUUAAAUUUACUACAGGAAAAAAACAAAAAACAAAUCAGUAUUCACCUUCAUAGGCCCUUUGCUUUAACAGUAUUACACAGAUUGGCAAAUAUUCUGUUUUCCAUUUUGCACUGUAUUUAUGUGGCUAUUGUAAAUGUAACCUCAUGAAUACUCAUUCUAUGGUUCCCUUUUUUUUUUUUUUUUUUUUUGCAGGAGUUUUGAGACUGGUUUUGAUCUGUUUUAAAUAACUGUUGAAUUUAAUGGGUAUUUUCCAGUAAUCUAUUUAUGCAUAAAAGUUGAUUUGCUUGCUCUUUGAAGGGGUUAAUAAGUGAACAAUGAUGGAAAAAAUGUUCUGAGUUUAAGGACGUGUGGUUUUAAAAAUGUAAGCAUGACAGGUUAAUUUAUUGUCAUCAUGGAUCUAUUUGUGACAUGAGAUUUUUUUUGUUCAUAUUGUUGUACAAGUGAUCAUGUUUUGAAAUACAAAAAAAGAGAAAAGUAAUACAAUGUACAACAAGUGGUUCUGAACAGGAAUUAUAAUUGUUGCAUUUCCAUUAAAUAAAAAAAGAUCUAACUGAAAUGAAAUGAUGUUUUAUUAUUUA